GCGCUGUUCGACGUGCUGCUUGGGGGAGCCAGCUCCAAGGAGGCCAUGCGCAAGUGGUCCAACCUAUACAAGAGCGGGCUGGGCCGCUUCCAGGAGGGACUCCGAGACUCAGCUGGCACGGCCCUUCUCGAAGCCGGGGGGAGCAGCAGCGGGGUGGUGGCCACCAUGGUGGUACCCCAGGUGCUGCGCGUGGUGCUGCGCCUGCUGCGCGCCUGCACGCCCGACCUUAGAACCGCGGUCCUCAGAGAUCUCCUCGUUCUGCUGGACUCGGACGAUGCCAAUAUGAGUUUGUUUCUGCAACAAGUGGGGUGGCAGGACUGGCUGCUCAUGGUCCUGCUCGCCGUGACGAGCGGGCAGCGGGACGGGAUGGGGAUGGGCGGGGAGGGCGACGAGGCGGGGGCGAUUCUGGAGGAGGACUUGGAGUUGGAUGAGUACGAGGGGGGGAUGAUGGAGGAUGAGGAGGAGAUGGAGGGCGAGGGUGAGGAGGAGCAGCUGAUCUGGCAGCUGUUUGCGUGCCUGCAUGCGUACGCGCUCAUCCAUCUCAGGAAUGGCGCGGAGCAUAUUACUACAACCAUCACGUACAUCCAGCUGCUCUGUCCCGACCAGGCGUCGGUGUGGACGAAGCGGGUGCUGGCGGACGUGUUUGAGGCGCUGUGCGUGCUGUGCCCGUCGGAAGACACGAUGAGCGCCGUGCCGCUGCGCGACAACUUCUCCCUCCUCGUCAACCUGCUCGACGACUGCACCGUCGACGACUCCCGCCAACUCUUCCAGGACGAGUUGAUGGAGGAGGAGGCGCUGUCAGGGGGCUAUGUGGACCUCGGAUCCUCCCAGCCUCUCAGGAGCACGUUCCCCGACAUACAGCGCCCGCAGCAGCGGUACCAGCGGCCGGAGCUGCCCCCGGACGAGGCAGCAGCGAGGUGGCGCCUCUUCGACCGCGUGUGGGCGUCCUUCUCAGUGCUCUCCGGCGCACAGGACCCCGCCGCCUCCGCCUACAACCAGUCCCUACUCGAGCAGCAGCAGCAGCAGGCAAUGAGCUACUUCUCCCUCGCUGGGAUCAGCCGCACGGGGCUCGCGCUGGUGGGGUCGGCGGGCGGGGUAGGGGACGGGGGGAGAGGCGCGUCGGGGCCGGGAGAUAAGGCAACGAGGCAGAGGAACGAGCACUGUCUGCACGUGGCGUUCCGCUUGGUGCUGUUUUAUCUGUAUGACGCUGAGCUGGAGGCGACCUCGCAGUGCAUGCAACAGUUCGCGCUGAUCCUGCCUGCGCUGUUGCACUCAAUCGCGGAUACCACCUCCCUCAGAAACCACCUGCACCUCUUCCUCUGGGCUCUGGUUCAGGCUCGGGAGAAGCUGGAGCAGCAGGCUCGGGACCGGCUGGCUGCGCGGGAGGCAGGGAGGGAGGCAGGGGCGCGGCAGCACAUAGCAUCACAGCUGAUACGCGAGGUGGUGGACAGGGCCAAGUCCGUGCUCGUGGCGUCCAUUGCCGAGAGGAGGCCGGGCGGUGGGGGCAGCGUGGGGGACUUCUCAGUGUACAGCUUGCUGCAGCAGGACAGAGUACAGGAAGCGCUGAAGGAGGAGGAGGCGCUGGUGGAGGUGAUAGCGGAGCGGCGCAUGCAGGCGCCUGAAGCGCUGAGGGGCGAGGUGGGGGAGCGGGAGGCGGUGGAGCGCGAGCUCUUGGAGGCGAUGGAGGAGCACCGGCGGGCCAUCCUCACAGAGCUCACCACCGAGGAGAGCAAGCGAAGGGCCACGGUCCGAGUCGGAUACGAGGAGGAGCAGCAGUUUCUUGCGGGACGCUGGAACCAACUAUUCAGGGACCUGACCAACGAGCGGGGAGCAUGGUCGCCCGGCCGCCUGCCCACGGACGCGCCUGCGCGUUGGAAGCUCGACAAGAUGGAAGACCCCAUACGCCGCCGCUUCCGCCUGCGCCCCAACUACCGCUUCAACCCUGUCCUCUGCACCCCCGCCUCCUCUGCCUCGUCCUCCGCCCUCGCGUCUCCAUCCUCCCUCAAGUCGCCCAACAGCGGGGCCGCGUCGCCCAUGCUGCUCUCGCCGCUCGGCGGGGGGUACCUGAACUCGCCGCUGUCCGCGGUCAAAUCGCCUUUCGCGUCGGCAGCGGCACAAGCAGUGCUGCUGCUGAAAGGCCUGCGGGGCGUGCAGGCGCAGUUGGAAGGGGUGGGGUUGGAGGAGGAAGCUCACGUAGAGAACGAUGCGAUGGAGGAAGCAGCGGUGCGGGAGCAAGAAGAGGCGGGAUCCCCCAAGGUGAAUAAGUUCGAGGAAGGGUUGGGGGAUGAGAUGUCGACAGACGAGCCGGCGGACGAUGUGGUGCUGAUGUCGGUGCCCUGUGUGCUGGUGACUGCGAAGCGGAAACUCGCUGGGCGGCUGGAGAUCAUGCGAACGGUGGUUCACUUCCACACGGAGUUCGUUGUCGAGGGCAACGGCAGCGCGUCUGUGUUCGAUCAGAAUGGGCAACUGAGACACGAUACGGCGGCUACCACUGCCGCUGCUGUUGCGUCUGCCGCAACAGCGACUGGGGUGUCCGGUCCCGCAUCCUCCUCCUCCUCCUCCUCCUCUUCCUCUGCUUCCUCUGCGUCCACCGCGCCCGCACCAGCAGUUCCAGAGACUCCCCUUUCUAUCUCCGUCACAGGGAUAGGGUCCGGAGGGUCCGGGGCGGGCACUUCUCCUGUCACUCCAACGGGGGGGAUGAUCACAGGGGGCAGCAGCACGACCAGCAGCAGCAGUGGGUCAGUCCCUGCGACUCCCAGCACCGCAUCCCGGUGGCGCCGGUUACACAACAAGCUCGCGCUGCUGUCCCCUCGAAGCUCCUCGGGGAAACUCCUUGAGCAGCUGGUUACCAGUAAUCAGAAGAACGUGGACUUCCACAAUGACGUGAAGCGGCACCGGCGGUGGCCGCUGGGAGCAGUCAAACGAAUUCACAUCACGCGGUACCUUCUCCGGUUCUCGGCUGUUGAGAUCUUCUUCUCGUCGUCCUACGCCCCUGUGUUCCUCAACUUCUCCUCGCCGCUCAAUGCCAAGGAUGUGGCAACACGACUAGCGAAUCUGACCCACGUCAUCCAGCGCAACAGGGGAGAGAACCGCGAGAGGAGCAGCUCCGGGGGUGGGGGGGCAGGGGGGGCGGGUGGAGGGGCAGGUGUGGGCGGUAGCAUCUGGGACGGGGUGUUACUGGUAGACAAGCGGAGGGCGUUGGAUUUGGCUGAGAGGGCGAAGGCGGCAUGGCGGCGGCGGGAGAUGUGCAACUUUGAGUAUCUUAUGGUGCUGAACACGCUCGCAGGGCGGUCGUACAACGACCUGAUGCAGUACCCCGUGUUUCCCUGGGUGGUUGCGGAUUAUACCUCGGAGGAGCUGGACCUGAACAACCCGGACACGUUCCGGGAUCUAUCAAAGCCCAUUGGAGCCCUUGAUGAGAAGAGAUUCCAGAUGUUUGAGGAUCGGUACCACGGGUUUGCGGAUCCGGAUAUCCCGUCCUUCUUCUACGGGUCGCACUACUCCACGGCGGGCAUUGUGCUCUUCUUCCUCCUGCGCAUGGAGCCUUUUGCCACGCUCAACGUCUCGCUGCAGGGCGGCAAGUUCGACCACGCGGACCGCCUGUUCCACUCGGUGGCGUCGGCGUGGGCCAACUGCCUGUCCAACACGAGCGAUGUGAAGGAGCUCAUUCCAGAGUUCUACUACCACCCCGAGUUCCUCGUCAACAAGAACGGAUACUUCCUGGGUGUCAGGCAGGACGGGCAGGGGCUGGGCGAUGUGGUGCUGCCGCCCUGGGCCAAGGGCUCCCCCGAGACGUUUGUGCGGCGGAGCCGGGAGGCGCUGGAGUGCGAGUAUGUGAGCAGCCGGCUGCACGAGUGGGUGGACCUCAUCUUCGGCUUCAGGCAGCGCGGCCAGGAGGCCAUCGACGCGGGCAACGUGUUCUACUACCUCACCUACGAGGGCUCCGUUGAUCUGGACGCGAUCACAAACCCCUUUGAGCGCGCAUCCGUGGAGGACCAGAUCGCCAACUUCGGCCAGACGCCUCUGCAGCUCUUCCGCAAGCCGCACCCGCGUCGAGGACCCCCGGUCCCCGUGCUGCGCCCUCUCCUCUUCUCCCCGUCCUCCCUCGAACUCACAUCACAGCUCCCUCCCCCCGCCCUCACCUCCUCCUCCUCCUCCUCCGCCUCCGCCUCUGCUGCUGCUUCCCCCUCUGCCCUGGCGGCGUCUUCCAGUGGGGGGGGAGCAGGGGUGGGUUCUGGUGCGUCGCUGUCGUCUGGCAUGGGGCAGCCGGGGGAGGGGGAUGUGGCGGUGGUGUUUGUGGGGCUUGUGGAUGGGAAGGCCGUCACUCUCACCAAGGGGCAGCUGCUCUCACUGCGCUACUGGAUCUCGCCGUACACCCAGUCCGGUGCCUCGUUCACAUUCUCGGGAUCUGUGGAGCCGUAUAUUGGCUUUGGCGACUCCAUCUUCCUGCGGCGCAUCGGUGCGCCCAUCUCGAGCAGCGUGGAGGCCACACCGAACUGCUUUGACAUCCUGCAGCCGCCCACGGCGCCCUCCACCUCCGCGCCCUCGUACCUGCUCACCUGUGGGCACUGGGACAACAGCUUCCGCUGCGUGUCACUCUCUGAUGGCAAGGUGGUCAGGACCAUCCGUGCCCACAACGACGUGGUUACCUGCCUUGCUGUAUCAGCACAAGGCACAUCGAUCGUGACAGGCAGUGCCGACACCACCGUCAUGGUUUGGGAAGUCGAGCGCACGGCGCGCAGCCGCCCGGAGCAUGUGGUGUACGACAAGCCUCGUCUCGUUCUGUGCGGGCACGACGACGCGGUGACGUGCAUUGCAGUGCGGUCAGAACUGGAUCUUGUAGUCAGCGGGUCCACAGACGGCACCAUCAUUCUCUACACUCUCCACCGCGGCCGCUUCCUCCGCUCCCUCGCUCUCCCCUCCGCCUCCUCCUCCUCUUCCCUCCCUUCCAAUACUGCCGGCAGCACCACACCCAAGAAGUCCCUCAGCGUCAGCGCAAGCGGGCGGCUUCUCGGCGUUUCUCCCGUCAGCUCUCCGCGCGCUAUCUCCGCCUCAGGCAGUAAAAGCAGCAGCAGCAGCAGCACUCAGACUACUAGAGGCAGCCCGGUCCACAGUCUCGUGGUCUCGACCUCUGGGGUCGUCGUGGCUUACUCCGAGACCGAUCUCUCGCUCCACUCCGCCUCAAUCAACGGCGAGUGGCUUUCCUCGGCAGACGUGAGCGAGCGUAUCGGCGCCAUGGCGACGACCGCGUGUGGGGACUUCCUCGUCACAGGCGGGAGCUCGUUUGGCGGGGUGGUCGUGCGGUCGAUAUUCACUCUGGAGGAGAUUAUUCGGUUUGACGGACAGGGCGUGCCUGUAACAGCGCUGUAUGUGGCGCCUGAGGAGUGCAUUCUAGUGGGGCUGCAGGACGGCAGGAUACUCACGUAUUCUGUUGACCCACAGAACCUCAAAAAGGGCUUGGCCCACUAUGCACUCUGAGCGGUCCACCCUCACAGUGCAUCAACAUGCUCCUCCCCUCCCCUCCCUCGUUCCUCCCCCCCCCCCCCCCCCAACCACCCCCUCUCCUCACUCCUCUCCUUUCUCCAAGCAAUCAACUCGCCAUCUUUCUUGUUGCUUAGGCAUUGUGCCUGUGCUCUCUACACCCAUUGGGUGGUGCGGGCAGUUACCCCUGUAACCACUCAUGCCACCCUCCUUGUCCACCUGGCCGUCUGCCUCACCUCUGCUUCUCGUUCAGCCUCUUCUGUGCUCACCUGCUCGUCUUACUGAUGUUCAAUAUUUGGGAUGUACUGCUUCCUUGAAAAAACAGUAUGCCUAGCUAUAGAAAGGUUAAGGUAGGUUUGAUGGCAAAACUUGUCUAGGAGGCCUUGUGCACCUUACUUAACCAUGAUGCAUAGGGGUGCGUGCUGUACAUGUUGCGACCAGAGAGUAUUUCAGUCUACAUAAACUCUACAUGUG